AUGAAAUUAAUAUUAAAUUUAAUAAUAUUAAUUAGUUUUAUUGGAUUAAUUAAUUGUUAUGGAGAAUCAGAUUCAGAAGGUAAUCCAAAUUAUUUAGAAAGAGAAUCACAUAAUAUGCUCAAUGUUGUAAGAAUGUUUCCAAGAGAAUAUAAAAGAGACUUUAUGGUUGGUUUCCAAGGCAUCGAUGAUAUUUUAACAGAAUCAAGAUAUCCAUCAGGAGUUAAUCCAUUAUUUUAUUACAAUUCAUUGAAUCGUUUAGCAAAAGCCCAUAGCUUUGAUAUGGCCACUAAAGAAACUUCAACCAGCAAAUGCUUCCAACAUAACGAUUGUAAUGGUACCACCGUCAACGAUAGAUUUAAAAACUGGGACUCAUGUAUUGAAAAAGGUGCAUAUGGUGAAAAUAUUGCUUGGGCCAAACCACCACAAACUGGUAUUGCAACCAACAAUCAAUUAAUUUGCGAAAAAUUUAACGCUCCAUGUCCAAGUGACCAAGUUGUCGCUGAAAUUGGUCACAGAGAUAUUAUAAUGUCAUUCGAUUACCCAUUCUAUAGUGUUGGUGUCGGUAAUUAUGAAAGCGAAUUCAACUCAUUAUAUUGGACCCAGGAUUUCCUUGGUACACAAUGUGUAUCUGCACCACAAUCUCCAAUUUAUUCAGGAUACCAUACCUAUUACCCAGCCACCUCUGGUGAAACUCUCUUCCUUGUAACCUUCUAUAGCCCAAAAGGUGCUUUGGUUGCCAAGAAAAUGAACAUUGUUUUUAGCAAUACAAAAAUUAAUAUACCACUCAGAUAUGGUAACUCCACUUUCGGUAUUUACUCUCACAAAGCCACAACUUUCACAGAUUGUCAACAAUAUUACUUUGAAACCACCACAACAGACAACAAAGUUUUCAGAUACCCAGAAACUGGUUAUUUACAAACCACCAAAACUUCAUCAACUUGUGUCGGCUGGAACUUAGAGGGCAACAACUUUGUUGUACCAAGCAGCAGUGAAGAAACUACCGAUAGCAGUGGCAGUAGCAGUGAAGAAACUACCAAUAGCAGUGAACAAGAUGGAAGCGAUCCAAACAAUUCAAAUAUUUUAAAAUUAAAUGGUCUUUUAGUUUUAUUAUUCUUAAAUGUAUUAUUAUUUAUUUAA